CUAAAAGCUUUGGCUCAGGGGGCGCGUGGCUUGGCACACGAGCGAAGGGCCACCAAGAUUUGCGAUAAUAUGCAUGUCAAGCCGAGCUUCUUCCGGGCGCGACAGGCGUCACAGCAGCAGACUAAGUGGACGUCGGAUCAUGUGGAUACUGGCGGUAAAUCCUCGAUGGGCGUAUUGCUGGACUGGCUGAGCGCGCCGGGUAAUUAUGACCGCUGGCGGAGCUGCACUAGAGCUAAGGAGACCCAUCGCCCAUUGGCGGACGAGAUCGUGCAGCAGCUACACGCCGAGGGCUUAGUACACCGCACUGCUAGCCAAGUACAAGCCAAAAUGACAGAACUGGAGAACUCGUAUCGCGAAGCAGCGGAGCGACUGGCCAGCACCAAACGCGAGCUGCAGGUGGCCGAAGGGACACCAGCAGAACGUAACUUGCAGCGCGUGCUGGAGCGCCACUGCCGAUACUUUGCGUUGCUGCAGCCUAUAAUGAAGGGCCUGGACAAGGUGGUGGAAUCGCCUCCGAUGAAGAGGCCGAGACUCAGUACCAAACGGAAAACAGUGUCGAUGCCAGUGGUUAGGGAGCCUGUAGCGGCUCCACCUCCUGUUGCUGCCCCUGCUCGAGCUACUAGUCCUUCGCCUGCGCGGUUUCGAACACCGUCGCCGUCGCCUUCGCCGGCAAAGAAGAGUUACCGGUAUUCAUUGCGUGAGCGACGCGGGGUGACUGAGACUACGGUCUGGGACUUUGACAAUGAGGCUGCAGGUGGCGUUAUGAGCCCACCGACACCUCCGACGCCGCCUGCGACGCGACCAGUGAGGAAGAGUAAGAGUAGGGCGAUGGAAUCCAUGUCAGUGAUGCUGGAAGAGGAACAAGAAGCGAUAGGACAGACACGCAGUAGGCCCAGUGAGCGGCGGAUUCAGCCGGAGCCGGUCAAGAAGCGCCCGAUGUUGCGGUCAAUUGACGAAAUCGACCUGGAGAAGGCUCGAGUAGAGCUCACAUUACGUCAGUUGGAGCUGCAAAUGGCACGUGAUAAAGCACUCGUCGCUCGUGUGAAGGCGCGGAUGCAAUUACUGGAGCAAGGCGUGUCACGGCGAGAGGUCGAUCGCCUCAUGCCACUUGAUAUCUGACCACAGAUCCGGCUUGCAGUGAACCGCAUCGAACUGAUCUUUUGCAAGGGUUCGCUGGCAGAAAUUAUUGCAGGUGUGUUAUUCUGGUAAAAAUGCAAGAGAUCCAAACGUUUGUGAUGUUGGAAGUGUCGGCAUUACAUUCGCAAACUUAAAUAUCGAGUCAAUAAACCAUGACUCGUGGUUCUAUAACUACAUGCUGAGGCUUGGGCCGCUUUUCGACGGCGCCGAGCUCGGUCUUCUAGGUCCACCCAAGCAUGAGGAGUGGGAGAGGUUGGGAGUAUCCAGCACGGAGCGGUGCAGUGCGUGCACUAGCCUGCGUGUCGUCCGU